ACGCCAAAAUUUCCUUGUUCGACAACAAUAUUCAUAUUCUUCCUUAGCUUCUAUAAUGGAUUCCAAUGGCGUCGAAGCAGCUCGUAUUCGCCGGGAAAUCGAUUCCUUAAAGUCCAACAAGAGAAACAUAGAGCGACAAAUUUCUGCUCUGGAAGCUCAGCUUAAUCAACUUGAAGUCAAUUCAAGCACAGUAUGUCCUCAGCCGCUUUCCAAUGGAGAUUUGAGCAAUUCAAAUGGUUUAUCUCCCGAUAUGAUUUACAGAUACAGUCGGCACUUAUUGCUUCCUUCAUUUGGCGUUCAAGGUCAGGCAAAUCUAUUGAAAUCUUCAGUUUUGGUUAUUGGAGCUGGAGGUUUAGGAUCACCUGCUUUACUAUAUCUUGCUGCCUGUGGAGUUGGUCGAAUAGGUAUAGUUGAUCAUGAUGUAGUGGAACUUAACAAUCUUCAGAGGCAGAUAAUACACACUGAAGCAUAUAUUGGAAAGUCAAAAGUAGAGUCAGCUGCUGCUACUUGUCGCUCGAUCAACUCUUCCACUCAGAUUGUGGAGCACAGAGAAGCAUUCCGCACGUCCAAUGCUUUGGAAAUUGUGAGCAAAUAUGAUGUGGUAGUUGAUGCAACAGACAAUGCUCCAAGCCGCUACAUGAUCAAUGAUUGUUGUGUUGUGCUUGGGAAGCCUCUUGUAUCUGGAGCUGCUCUAGGACUAGAAGGGCAGCUGACAGUUUACAAUUACAAUGGAGGUCCAUGCUAUCGAUGCCUAUUUCCAACUCCUCCACCCACAAAUGCUUGUCAGAGAUGUGCUGAUAGUGGAGUACUUGGAGUUGUUCCAGGUGUUAUUGGAUGUCUUCAAGCCUUAGAGGCCAUAAAGGUUGCUAGCUUGGUUGGAGAACCACUCUCCGGAAGAAUGCUUCUUUUGGAUGCCCUGUCAGGCCGGUUCCGUAAUGUCAAACUACGUGGAAGGUCAUUGCAGUGCGAAGCUUGUGGAGAUGAUGCAGUACUGACAAGACAGACAUUUUCGGAGUUUGAUUAUGAAAAGUUUACUCAAACUCCACUAUCCACGGGUCCAUUGAAGUUGAACCUUCUUUCACUGGAUGAUCGAAUCAGCAGCAAAGAAUACAACGAGCAAGUGGGGAGAGGAGAAGCACAUGUUUUAGUGGAUGUUCGACCAAGUCAUCACUAUAAGAUUGUUUCACUUCCCAACUCUAUGAACAUACCUCUAUCGACGUUGGAAGGUAGAUUGCCUGAAAUAUCUGCUGCUUUGGAAAAAGAGGCAAAUAAAGAGAAUGGUUCAAAUGCUUCUCUGUUUGUAAUAUGCAGAAGAGGCAAUGAUUCACAAGUUGCUGUUGAAUUGCUUCACAAAUUGGGUUUCACUUCAGCAAAGGAUAUAAUUGGGGGCUUAGAGUCAUGGACUCACAACGUGGAUCCAAAGUUCCCUACCUACUAACUAUAU